AUGGGUGAGAAAGGGCUUUUGACAAUUGAGACUUUUAUGAUUGCAAUUAAAGCUUUUGCUGCUGCAAAGGAAAGGAAGAAAGCUGUUGGAACUUUUGAGCUGAUGAAGAAGUAUAAAUUUAAAGUCGGUGCCGAUACAAUUAAUUACUUUCUUGAUACUCUUGGGAGGGCAAAGCUUGGUAAAGAAGCGCAGACACUUUUUGAGAAGUUGAAAGGCAGGUUUACACAUAAUUUGCAAACUUAUACUGUACUGCUUAAUGGUUGGUGUAGAGUAGAGAAUUUGAUGGAAGAAGGCAGGGUGUGGAAUGAGAUGAUUCAAAAGGGAUUUAAGCCUGAUAUAGUUGCACACAAUAUUAUGCUUGAAGGGUUGUUGAGGUGUAAGAAGAGGUCUGACGCCAUCAAGUUGUUUAAAGUCAUGAAGGACAAGGGUCCAUCCGCCGAUGCUAGUAGCUAUACCAUUUUGAUUCAGGAUUUACGCAAGCAAACAAAGAUGGGAGAAGCGGUUGAAUAUUUUAACGAAAUGAUUGAAUCUGGAUGCCUGCCAGAUGCUGUAGUUUACACAUGUUUGAUCAUGGGAUUUGGGAACCAGAAGAUUAUGGACAUGGUAUUUGGAUUGCUGAAGGAGAUGAAAGAAAAAAGUUGCCCUCCUGAUGGACACACAUACAAUGCGUUGAUUAAAUUGAUGACGAAUCGACGAAUGCCAGAUGAUGCGGUGAGGAUAUAUAAGAAGAUGAUUGAGAGUGGCAUUGAGCCAUCAAUCCACACUUAUAACAUGAUAAUGAAAUCCUACUUUCAAACAAGAAACUAUGAAAUGGGUCAUGCAGUUUGGGAUGAGAUGGUCCAGAAGGGGUGCUACCCGAACGAUAAUUCAUGUAUGGUGUUCAUUAGAGCGCCCAUAAGUCAGGGAAGAUUGGGAGCCGCUUGUAAAUAUUUGGAGGAAAUGAUAGAGAAAGGAAUGAAAGCACCUCAACUUGAUUACAACAAGUUUGUAGCUGAUUUCUCAAGAGCUGGGAAACCAGACAUACUCAAGGACUUGGCUCGAAAGAUGAAGUUUGCUGGUAAGUUUGAAGAAUCCAAUGUCUUUGUGAGGUGGGCUGACAUGAUGAAGAUAAGGGUUAAGAGAAGAGAUCCUAUUAAAGCUAGUGAGCAGUACACUUGAGUUACUUGCUCAGGGCCAAUGAUUCUGCAAUCGUCUUGACUAAAAUCCACACUUGACUGCCCAACUUUUGGUAUGAUUUGUAGUUUAUUUUUUGGGACUGGGCUUACUGGAGCAGUGUUGUAUAUUUUUGUUAGUAGUUACAUUUUUGUAUU